CGUUCUGCAAAAGAAAUGAAGAACGAACACCAUCGACGCCACCAUAUUAUACGGUACUAUACAAUAAAAUAGCAAAUUGCUUAGUCGACUUGCUCCAUGGCAGACUCCUCAUUGUCAUCGUCGUCGUCGUCCAGUGGUGGCAAGUCAUCCAUAUCGUCCUCGCCAUCGGCAUCAUCGUCAUCGUCAAUCGAGAGACCGAGCUUGACAAGACGGUGGAUACGAGAGGCGAAAGUGGCUGGCUCGUCGAGGGAGAAUCCAGAGGUCAACAACGAGGUAUCGUACAUCAACCAGAUCAAAUCCUUGACGGUCUUGUCGCUUUGGUCGGCCUCAGCCUUUUCGCGAAGGGCAGAGAUGAUCGAGUUUGUGGGGUUGACUUCCAUGGUCUUCUUGGAAGUCAUGUACUGAGAUUGCGAGGCAUCACGAAGUGCCUGGGCCUUCAUAAUACGUUCCAUGUUGGCGGACCAUCCAUAUUCUCCAGUAACCAAAACACAGGGGGAAUCCGCAAGACGGUUCGAGACGACAACCUUUUCGACCUUGUCGCCCAAAACUUCCUUCAUCAACUUGCAGAGAGGCUCGGUCUUUUCCUUCGCUUCUUCGAAGGCCUUCUUUUCGUCUUCGUCGUCAGCAAGAUCGAGUCCCUCCUUGGUGGCGGACAAGAGCUUCUUUCCGUCGAAUUCCUUCAAUUGCUGGACGGCAUAUUCGUCAAUGGGGUCAACCAUGUACAAGACUUCGUAUCCCUUCUUCUGGAGCUUCUCGAGGAAGGGAGAGGUCUUGACGGCUUGGUGGGAUUCACCGGUGAUGUAGUAGAUACCAGGUUGGUUGUCGUCCAUGCGGCCGACGUAGUCCUCGAGCGAGGUCAUUUCUUCUCCCGACUUGGUGGACUUGUAUCGCAACAACUUGGCAAUCUUGGCACGGUUGGUGGAGUCUUCGUGGAUUCCGAGCUUCAGGUUCUUGGAGAACGCCUCGUAGAACUUGGCGUAGGUGUCCUCGUUUUCGGUAAGGUCGUUGAACAUUUCGAUGCACUUCUUGACGAGGUUCUUCUUGAUGACUCGAAGAAUCUUGUUUUGCUGGAGGGUUUCACGGGAAAUGUUAAGGGGAAGAUCCUCGGAAUCGACAACUCCCUGUACGAACUGAAGCCAUUCGGGCAUGAGUUCCUCGCAGUUGUCCAUGAUGAAUACACGUCGGACGUAGAGCUUGAUCUUGUUGUGCUUCUUCUUGGCACCUCCGUCGAACAUAUCGAAGGGAGCGCGCUUGGGUGCGAACAAGAUGGCCUUGAAUUCGAGUUGACCCUCAACGGAGAAGUGCUUGACUGCGGCAUAGUCUUCCCAGUCGUUGGAGAUGGACUUGUAAAAUGCAACAUAUUCGUCGUGCGUGACUUCGUCGGCCUUGCGCAUCCAGAUGGGCUUCAUGCUGUUCAAAUGUUCCCAUUCGUGGCUGACCUCCUUGAUUUUCUUGGUCUUCUUCUCCUUCUUGGCUUCUUCCUCGUCAUCGACUUCUUCGACCUUUGGCUUGUCGUCGUCGCCAUCUUCGUCUUCGUCGUCGUCGUCAUCGUCGGUGACUUCCUUCUCGGUGGUCUUUUCAGUGUACAACAUGACGGGGAAACCAAUGAAUUCAGAGUGCUUCUUCACAAGGUCCUUGAUUCUCUUCUCUUCGAGGUAUUCGGACAUAUCUUCCUUGAGGUGGAGAAUGAUGCGGGUUCCUCUCUUGAGUCCCGAGUCUUCGGUAUCGGUGACGGUGAAGGAACCUCCGGCUUCGGAAAUCCACGUGUGAACGCUAUCAUCGUUGUUCUUAGAAACGACCUCGACCUUGUCGGCCACCAGGUAUGCGGAGUAGAAACCGACUCCGAACUGUCCAAUCAUGGAAAUAUCAGCACCGGCGGAGAGGGCCUCCAUGAAUCCCUUGGUUCCGGACUUGGCAAUAGUUCCGAGGUUGUUGAUCAAAUCGGCCUUGGUCAUACCAAUACCGGAAUCCUCGAUGGUGAGGGUGUUGUUUCCCUUGUCGGCAAUAAGCUUGAUCUGGAGCUCGGAGUCGGCGUCCAAGACGGAAGAAUCCGUCAGGGAUUGAUAACGGACCUUGUCCAGGGCAUCGGAGGCAUUGGAGAUCAAUUCACGAAGGAAAAUUUCCUUGUUGGAGUAAAAAGUGUUGAUAAUCAACGAAAGGAGCUGGUUGAUAUCAGCGGAGAAGGCGUAGCUCUCGGAUUCGGCAGGCUAAAAGGGAAAGGGAAAGCAGCGGAGGUGAGAAAGGUUUCAGGUCCCAGAACGGUGGAUAAGACCGAAAAUGACCGACGGAAACGCCACCGUCGAAACUCAAUAGACGCCGCUUGGAAAGCAUUAUCGCCUUCCAAACGAUAGAUACAAACUACUUCAAGGUCGUCAAGUGGUACAUGAAGUGAAGUGCUAAAGUGACCCACACGUACCAUUUUGAUUUUGAGGUGAGAUUAAAUUUAAUAAUAACAA